CAGGAAUCCACUGCCGAAUCUCCACUGCACCCCCUGAGGCAGCUUAUGGGACCCUUCCCUGGGUGCCUCUGCCCCAGGACACACCGCAUGGGAUGGCAAUGACACGUGGAAGGAAGAGACCCAUGUCCCCCAUCCCUUGCCUCAUCCUCGCAGCCGCUAGCUGCUUUGCCAAACUGGGUGAAUCUCUGCAGGUCACAGUGCAACCUGCCUCCAUUGUCCAAAAGCUGGGGGGCUCAGUCAGCCUGGGGUGUGUGGUGGAUCCCCCCAGAGUGAACCUCACCUGGAGACUGAACGGGAAGGAGCUGGCCGGAUCGGACGAGGUGCUGGGUAUCCACAUCGAGCGAGGGAAGCUCCUCAUCUCGGCUCUCAACAACCGCACCGUGGGGCGGUACCAGUGCAUUGCUCGCGUGCCCGAAGGAGUCGUUGCCAGUGUCCCGGCGGUGGUCACAUUAGCUAAUCUCAAGGAUUUCAAGUUUGAUGGCCAGCAUGUGAUCGAGGUAGAUGAAGGGAACACGGCCGUGAUCGCCUGCGACCUGCCUGAAAGUCACCCCAAGGCUCAGGUCCGCUACAGCGUGAAGCAAGAGUGGUUGGAGGCCUCUCGAGACAAUUACCUUAUCAUGCCCUCCGGGAACCUUCAGAUUGUCAACGCCAGCCAGGAGGACGAGGGGACUUACAAAUGCGCUGCCUACAACCCCGUGACGCAGGAGGUGAAAACCUCCGUCUCCAGCGAGAGGCUCCGUGUCAGACGUUCCACAGCGGAGGCAGCCCGGAUAAUCUACCCCCCUGAGGCUCAGACCAUCAUUGUCACCAAGGGCCAAAGCCUCAUCCUGGAGUGUGUGGCCAGCGGGAUCCCCCCGCCACGGGUCACCUGGGCCAAAGACGGCUCCAGCGUCUCUGCGUACAACAAGACGCGCUUCCUGCUCAGCAACCUCCUGAUCGACCCCACGAGCGAGGAGGACUCGGGCACCUACAGCUGCACGGCUGACAACGGGGUUGGGGAGGCCGGAGCUGCGUUCAUCUUCUACAACGUGCAGGUGUUCGAGCCCCCAGAGGUGACGAUGGAGCUGUCGCAGCACAUCAUUCCCUGGGGCCAGAGCGCCAAGUUCACCUGCGAGGUGCGAGGGAACCCCCAGCCCUCCGUCGUGUGGCUGCGCAACGCCGUCCCCCUCGCUGCCAGCCACCGGCUCCGGCCAUCCCGCCGGCUGCGGCUGGUCAGCGUGGGGCCCGAGGACGACGGCAUAUACCAGUGCAUGGCGGAGAACGAGGUCGGCAGCGCGCAGGCCAUGGUGCAGCUCAGGACAGCCCGGCCGGGAGCUACACUCAGCCCUGGGCGAGAUGCUCAGCUGGGCUCGACUCAGCCUCCAACACCACCUUCCAGGGAUGCUACCUUAAAGCUGCCCCUGGAUAGGGCUGGACUGCCGAAGCCUGCGACGACCCUGCUGACAGCGUCUCCGCAGUGUGCACCCAACAGGGAGCUGGUGUCUCCAGCCGAGGCGCCCGUCAUCCUCAGUUCUCCCCGGACAUCCAAGACUGACAGCUACGAACUGGUGUGGAGACCCCGGCCUGACAGCAGGGCCCCCAUCCUCUAUUACGUGGUGAAGCAUCGCAAGGUCACCAACGCCUCGGACAGCUGGGCAGUGAGGGACGUCCCGGCCUCGCAGCACCGCCUCACCCUCACCCGCCUGGACCCCGGGAGCCUCUACGAGGUGGAGAUGGCCGCGCACAACUGUGCCGGAGAGGGACAGACGGCCAUGGUCACCUUCCGGACCGGCCGGCGCCCCAAACCAGAGAUUGUUGCCAGCAAAGAGCUGCAGAUCCAGAGGGACGACCCCGGCACGAGCACCCAGAGCAGUAACCAGGCCGACAACAGUCGUCUGUCCCCUCCAGAGGCACCGGAUCGUCCAACCAUCUCCAUGGCAUCAGAGACAUCUGUGUACGUGACCUGGAUUCCCCGCGGGAAUGGCGGGUUCCCCAUCCAGUCUUUCCGUGUGGAAUAUAAGAAACUGAAGAAACUGGGAGACUGGGUCCUGGCCACCAGUGACAUUCCUCCCUCUCGCCUCUCUGUGGAAAUCCCAGGCCUGGAGAAAGGCACAUCCUAUAAAUUCCGUGUCCGGGCACUGAACAUCCUGGGAGAGAGCGAGCCCAGUGCGGCGUCUCGGCCCUACGUGGUGUCGGGGUACAGCAACCGAGCCUACGAGCGGCCUGUGGCCGGGCCGUACAUCACCUUCACGGACGCCAUCAACGAGACCACCAUCAUGCUGAAGUGGAUGUACAUCCCAGCCAGCAACAACAACACUCCCAUCCAUGGCUUUUACAUCUGCCCCACCGACAGCGACAAUGACAGCGACUACAAGAAGGACGUGGUGGAAGGAGACCGGUACUGGCACUCCAUCAGCCACCUGCAGCCAGAGACCUCCUACGACAUCAAGAUGCAAUGCUUCAACGAGGGAGGCGAAAGCGAGUUCAGCAACGUGAUGAUCUGC